AAAAGAAAUACGUAUAUACCGUAAUAUAAAUCUCGGAUGAUAAUAUUAUGUCGAUAAUAUCAAUCUCAUUUUUAGCUUUAUCUAAAUGACGACACUUUCGCGCUGGAGUUCGGCAGACACUUCAAGGUUCCCUUAAUUUCCGAUAUCGAACAGCUUUGCAUUGCUACUCGUGUAAAAAAUUUUUUAUUUUGAUAUAUACAUAAUUUUAAAAAUUAUUUACUUUAUAAUUUUUCACACAUUUCCUGUAACAAUAGUUAAAAACAACAUACAUUUACUUUCUAUGCAGAAAUUUACUUGAUUUGAUAUUAACAGUCAUUCUCCCUUGUUUAGUAGAGUGUUGUUCUCUCGCGUAACCUCUUAGAAAUUAUUUACAUCACAUAAUGUAUUUAUUAUGUUAACUGCGAAUAUUUCUCUUAGUGUUCAACGAUUUCUCGAAACAGUUAGAUAGCGGAUUCAAUUUAUAUAUCUCUAGCAUUCGCAAUUCGAGACGGUGUUAAUUGUACUAUUGUUACAAAUUGUUAAUUGUUACAAAGUACUAUAAGUUUUCAUAUGGAUAUAAUCUUUAUCUAUGAAGAUACUUUAAACAGUAAUUAAUAUGGCAUAUAUUUCAUUAAAUGUCGGAUUAUUAUUAAUUGCGAUAAUAACCUUUUCUAUCGUUAAAUUUACGAAAACUGAUAUUGAUAUGAAUGACGAUAGAAUAAAACAGAAAAAGUUUGAUUUAGUACCAUUGCAUUAUGAUGUCAAAAUAGAGUUAAACUUAUACAAAAGUGUCUUUUUUGGAGAAUGCAAUAUCACCCUCUUCAUUGAUCAAACAAAUGAGAUAACUAUUAAUAACUCAGCGACUUUCGCCAUAUAUGCAAUUAACUUGAUUAAUAACAAUAAUUCUCAGAUAAUCAAUAUUGUGAAAUUUUUGUUCGUCGAAAAAGAAUACAUUCGUAUCAAUCUUGUCGACGCAAUAUAUGCUUCUGGUAUAUAUAUCUUAAAUAUGCUAUAUGUCGGUACCAUAUUAGAUUACACAGACUUUUUUGGAUCCUUAUACAUAGACGAAAAAGUUGAAUUCGACAGCUUUAACGCAAUAAGAGCUGGAGGACUAUUUCCGUGUUGGGACGUGCCGGACGAUAGAUUUAAAUCAACCUUUAGCAUUUCUUUCCGGCAUCAUAAAGACCACACACACAUAUCGAAUGUGCGUAUACGAGAUCGAGUUGAAGACAUAGUAGAUGACACAGUAAAUGACAGAGUAAAUGAUAUAAUAAAUGACACAGCAAAGGGCAUGAUGUGGACUCACUAUAACAAAUCAUCUUUAAUGUCUGCUCAAAAUUUAGGAUUUAUAAUAACCACACUCACUCAUACCUCCACUUCCACUGAAAAUAUCAAAUUUUGGUGCAAAAAGGAGUUGAUGUCCGAGAUAUUAUUUGCAGAAACUAUUGCCCAAAAAAUCGUGCAUUACUUGAAUGAAAGGAGUACAAGAAAAGUGGAAAAAAUGGACUACUUUGUAAUUAACGACUUUCAGAGUACAAUGACUAAAGAGUUCGCAAAUAUUAGGGGAGUCAUUAUAUUAAGAGACGUGAAUAUUAUUUAUAAUGAUGCGUUAGAUGACAGUAACCGCAAAAUUGAAGUGGCAAACUUAAUAACGUAUCAAACAUUAGCUCACUGGUUCAACGAUGUGGCUCUGUGGUCAAAAGAAGGUUUUCUUACAUAUUUUACGGCGCAUGUCUUGAAUCAGAGUCGGACGUAUAAUGACAUAGUUGAUUUAUUUGUCGUCCAAAUACAACAGGAAUCUUUACGUCUCGAUACUCUUCCUGAUAUGAAACCUCUUCCACCUUUACACACCAUUACAGCUGAUUCAUUUAGAUCAUCUAUCCAUUAUAUCAAAUCAUCCGUUAUGUGGCGCAUGUUUUAUUACCUAAUAAAUGAUGAAGUGUUCUGGGAUGCUAUCAACAUAUUUGUAGAUUCUAAUAAGACAAUCGUCAAUGACUUCUGGGACAUUGCGCAAACUACAUUUAAUAAAGCUGGGAACGUGCGCAAACUAAACAUAAAACGUAUAUUCAAUGCUUGGAUAACGGAAACACGUUGUUCUGAAGUGAUGGUAGAACGAUAUAAUGAUUAUGAGCAAGUGAUGAGAUAUGUCGAUCCCGAUUUCAAAUUAGAAACAUGUCCAGCGGUUGUGCAAUAUGAAAGGAAAUACAGUCCUAGAAUCUAUCGCUUUAUGUUUUCUCGGGAGACAAAAACAGAGCUUCAAAGAGAAUUAGAAGAAGAUGAGUGGCUCUUAAUCAAUACAAAACAAUCUGGGUACUAUUAUGUCAAUUAUUCUAUGAAUAAUUGGCAACUGCUUGGGGACUAUUUGUACUAUAAAAAUAAUACCCGUAUACAUGUUAUCAAUCGAGCUCAAAUUAUCGAUGACUCGAUUCAUUUUUUGAAACAAAAACAAUUAAAUUUUAGUUCGUUUUGGAAUAUUACAAAGUUCCUACAUAACGAAACAGACUACAUAGCAUGGUAUCCUAUGAUUAAAUUUGUUGAACUCAUAACGUGUAUCUUUCCAAUGACGAAAAGUGAUUACGUAACGAACAAACUUGUAGAAUUGUUCAAUACACUUCUGACAAAUAUAGGAUAUUAUGACCAAGUUGACGAAUCUGGUCUUACUAAAACUUUAAGACAAGAAGCGGUAAAAUGGGCAUGUUUUCUCCGUUCUGAUACAUGUAGAACAACAGCCCAAUAUCGAUUAAGCAAAGAUCUUUCCAAUCCUGUACAAUCAAGAUUUUUUGCUUGGAAACAAUGGAUAUACUGUAAAGGUUUAAUGAUAGCAGACGACACCAUUUGGAUGAGUGUGUAUGACAAAUGGCAGGAAACGAAUGAAACUGAGCUUUUAGAAUACUUAAUUUGCUCUAAAGAUCCUACUAUUGGUAUCAAAUAUUUAAUGAUAGCGUUGAAAAAUGAAUUUCUAUUUAAAGCAAAAGGCAAUAGGCGUGCUCAUAUAAUUCUCUAUAUUAUUGCGAGACAUAUAAGAAAUAAUACUGCGUUCAACUUUAUAAUGCAACAUUUUAAAGACAUUGAAUUCACUUUUAACAGGUAUGCUGACUAUGUUGUAAUUUUAAAUGUUAUUAUAACGUUCGACCAUUCCGUAGAUCAUUUCAAACAGAUAAGUGAAUUCGUUAAAGAAGAGAUAAAAGACGAGAAAAUAAUGUAUGCUGUUGAAGAAAAAAUAAAAACACGAAAAUCCCAAUAUAACAAAUACGUCUUAUACUACGGGCAGUUCGGCGUCUUUAAAAAAAGAAGAAAAUAGGCAAACAAUUGAAUCCAUGGAGAACAAUAAUUUUACUUGGUGCAUGUAUAUAUUAUAUAUUAAUAAUUUUUA